CAUCCGGCCCACACCACACAGGAGAUUCUGGGGCGGCAUGGCGGCGCUAGUCGAGAAGCUCGUCCGACUCAUCGCUCGGGCCUUCUACUCGGACGAGCAUAUCGUCGUGCUUGAAGCUCUCCUGCGCGAGCGCUUCCUAAAGGACGACGAGAUGGGCAACGCAGUGAACCUCCAGACAAAGCAAGUGCGCAAGAUCUGCCAUGAUCUCGAGAAGGAAGACAUGAUCUCUCGCGAGGAGCUCAACGACAAGAAGCUCGGGGGCGCGUCCAAGGCGACGUAUUGGUACAUCGACUACAAGCACUUUGUCAACGUCGUGCGCUACCGCCUGUACAUCAUCGCGCACCAUCUCAAGGAGAGCGAGCAGCUCGAGAUUGAGCGGCAGACCUUUCGGUGCUCCAACGAUGACUGCGGACGCGAGUACACGGCCCUCGAGGCGCAGCUUCUCCUCACGCCCGAUGUCUACGAGUUCCACUGCGGUCAUUGCAACUUCAAGCUCGUCGAGUGUGACAACAACGAGAAGCUUCAAACGAUCAAGGGGCUCCUGGCCAAGUUUAAGGUCCAGCUCAACCGCCAAGAAGACAUGCACGAUGGCAUCUACGAGUGCUUGGCGCGUAUUAGCGAGUGGCAAAACUCGGGCCAGGCCCUCCCAAGCAAUCUGCCGAGCGAGAACCGCGCCGCUGGUAUCGGCGGCGCGUCCACGGCCAAGAUGAACGGCCGCAAUGGCGGUGGCGGCGGUGGUGGCGGUGGGGGUCCUGGUGGCAACCGUGGUGGCGACGAAAAGACCUCGGGCCUCUACGGCAAGUUUGAGGAUGCCAAGAUCGUGAUCGACAUUGCUGAAAACGCCAACCAGGAUGAGUACUCGACGCUCAACCCCAACAAGCCGAAGGAAGAAAUCAAGCUCCAAACGGCCAACUCGGGGCCGGCGAUGCCCGAGUUUAUCAUGGGCAGCAAGAUGAGCGACAACAUGGCUGCCAAGUACAAGAAGAACGCGAUUCCCGAGGUCCUCGCAACCAGUGCGUCGGCCGCGAGCCUCAACGCCGGUGUCAGUAUGGGCCUCUCGUCCCGCGAGGCGGAGAUGCGCGAGGAAGCCUUCCGUGAGGCAUACAAGCGCGAAAUGGAGCGGUACAACGAGAUCAACGCGGCCGAGGUCGUGUGGGACUCUGUGAGUGGCAACAAGUGGGUCGACGCGGCCUCGAAAGAGGACGAAGACCUCGAAGACAUGGAGUGGGAGUGGUGCGACUCGACGCAAGACGAUACCUAUGACGAGGAGCAGCAGUCCGUCAUGGUGUCUGUCAACGGCUGUCCGACACCCAUCGUGAAGCUCACGGACGACGACCUCACGCGCAUGACACCCGACGAAUAUGCAGCCUUUUACCAACUCUGCCGCUCCAUGAUGGUCUAAGCUCUGAAAGAAAAAGACAAAUAUGUAUCAGA